AUGGAUCAAUAUGUCACUUUGGAGACUUCUGUAGGAUCUCUGACAUUGGAAUUAUAUACCAACCAUGCACCAAAGACAUGUCAAAACUUUGCGACUUUAGCCAAGAGGGGUUAUUAUAACGGUGUGAUAUUUCAUCGUAUAAUACCUGGAUUCAUGAUACAAGGUGGUGAUCCUACCGGUACGGGUAGAGGUGGAACUUCGAUAUUUGGGAAUAAGUUUGAAGAUGAGAUUUCACCGGAUUUGAGGUUUGUAGGAGCUGGGAUAUUAGCCAUGGCUAAUUCUGGUCCGAAUACUAAUGGUUCUCAAUUCUUCAUUACCCUCGCUCCUACUCCUUUUCUCGAUGGGAAACAUACCAUCUUCGGUCGUGUAAGUUCAGGGAUGAAAACCGUUCAAAGAUUAGAAGCGGUACGUACGGAUAAAGAUGAUAGACCGUUGGAAGAUAUUAAAAUACAUAAAGCUAGAAUAGGACAAGAUCAAUCACAAGCUUUAGCAUUAUCAUGAUAUGUAUCUUUCGUACUUG